AUGCGUCUCCAACGCGACUGCGGAAAGGCUAAGGUGUCAAGGAGUCACUCAACCCUGUCGGUCAAGGCUGUCAGCCGCAGAAGUAGCCGGCACACCCACCCUACCUCCUUCAUUUCAGCGGCGCGAUCUUUCUCAAAGAACCCGUCGCAGGUCUCAGUCGCAGUGCCGCCUCUUGCGAUGGCCGUCCUGGCCUCAUCGCUUCCUCCUGGAGUUUCCCCUCCAUUAACGGAGGAUAACGACCAUAACCAUAACGGACUCGUCGUCAUCGUCACUUCACUGGCUCUAUUCUUGGUUCUUGCCUCGCUGGUUAUCCGGUUAUUCGCAUCAUCAAAAAGAGGCCUCAUGCUCCAGGAUGAUCACGUUCUGUUUGCCGCAGCAAUAUGUGCCUGCACUCAAGUAUCACUUGUGCUUCUCCAGGUUCACCAUGGGUGGGGCAAGUCAAAGGAGCUGAUCUCAUCCAGUGACUAUACGCAAAUGGAAAAGGCCGGAUACGCAGCGGAUCUGUUCUACGUCCUUAUCAUUGGCUUGUCAAAAAUAGGGACCAUGCUAUUCUAUCAAAAUCUUUCCUUGCAGCGUACGAAGUGGACGGUUAAUGUCAUCAUAUCCUUAUGUGGCCUGUGGGCCAUGGUCGCAAUCUUGCUUCUAGCCAUUCGGUGCAGCAACCAUCCUUGGACCGACAUCGAUGACGCCUGUGCCGGGCUUUAUCCAAGAUGGCAAGCCAUCUGUGCGCUUGAUAUCGUUUUGGAGGCCGUAAUUCUUGCAUAUCCAGCGAUAACGAUCCGAAACGUGCAAAUAAGCUUGAGCAAGAAGCUCAAGGUCCUAUCCAUUCUCAAUUGUCGGAUCAUAUUGAUCCCCCUUUCCGCCGUGCAUCUGUACUAUAUCCACUCCCAAAUAUAUUCCUCCAACCCCUCGCUUGUCGGGACCUAUGCUACCAUGGUAGCGGAGCUCCACCUCAGCCUCAGCAUUGUUCUCCUGACAGUAUCAUGUUUGAAGAUGUUCGUGGCAGUCUACGAGGAUGAUCAUGGGUUCGCAUACACGGAAGAUGCUUCGAAUUCGCAAAGUCGCAGCGGUCGCACCCCACAGAAGUCGUGGCGAUCCUCUCGCCCGGUCAAAGAUCUGGGCUCGUUCGGUAGCAGCUGUGUUGAAGAAGAGCCGAUCUUACGAACAGAAGCGACCGCAUCGGCUUCGUCACCCCCACUUGAAGGGCACCAAAGCAAUGCAAUAUUAAAGAGUGUACAGAUAUCGGUCACCCGGGAGAGCAUUGAAUUGGGCGAAAUAGCGGAACCAUCUUCUGCUGCGAUACCCAGGUCAACAUGA